ACCUCCCAGUCCCAUUAGAAAGUAGCAAGCACUGGUGGAGUAAAGCUAUUGUUUUUCUCCAUCUGGGUAUUUAAUGGUGAGCUGGCUUUUGUCAGAAUGUGGUCUAAGACCUCUUCCUCGCGUAUUCCCUCGAUUCAGAACCGGAUACUUCUCUAACGACAUCCACAAGAUAUUUAGAAUGCCCGAAAGUAAUGGCGGAGCAGUUGUUCGACCAACGUAUCUCAGUCGCCUUCCAAUCUGCCUUUCAGGUAGUUCCAGAGGGAGAGAUUGGGGACUCGGGGUGAGCGCUCCAUUGAAGGUCCCCUCCAUUGAUGAACCGAACGAAGGCGCAGCAGUCAAUAUGGGUUUGAAUGGUGGGAAUGCGGUUAAUGAGGUCGGCAACGAAGACGAUUUCGAUCCAGGUGCUCCACCUCCGUUUCGUAUAGCCGACAUUCGUGCCGCCAUACCCAAACAUUGCUGGGUUAAGGAUCCAUGGCGCUCAAUGAGCUACGUCCUUAGAGAUGUGGUUGUGGUCUUUGGCUUGGCUGCUGCUGCCGCUUACUUGAACAAUUGGGUUGUCUGGCCUCUCUACUGGCUUGCCCAGGGAACCAUGUUCUGGGCUAUAUUCGUUCUUGGCCAUGACUGCGGCCAUGGAAGCUUUUCCAACAACCUUCGGCUAAAUAGUGUGGUUGGGCAUCUUCUCCAUUCUUCAAUCCUUGUACCUUACCAUGGAUGGAGAAUUAGCCACAGGACACAUCAUCAGAACCAUGGGCAUGUCGAGAAUGACGAAUCGUGGCACCCAUUGUCCGAGGAGAUGUACAAGGGGUUGGAUGACAGUACCAAAAAGUUGAGGUUUACAGUGCCCUACCCUUUGUUGGCAUAUCCAUUCUAUCUGUGGUCUAGAACUCCUGGAAAGAAAGGAUCCCAUUUCGAUCCGGACAGUGAUCUCUUUGCUCCCAACGAAAGGAAGGAUGUGCUCACCUCCACCAUGUGUUGGUCGGCAAUGGUGGCAUUGCUUGUGGGAUUGUGCUUUGUAUUUGGACCAGUUCAAAUGCUUAAGCUCUAUGGGGUUCCCUACUGGAUUUUUGUCAUGUGGCUGGAUUUUGUGACCUACUUGCAUCACCAUGGCCAUGAGCAAAAGCUUCCUUGGUACCGCGGUAAGGAAUGGAGUUACUUAAGGGGAGGUCUAACUACUAUUGAUCGUGAUUAUGGAUUGGUUAACAAUAUCCACCAUGAUAUUGGGACCCAUGUGAUACAUCACCUCUUCCCACAAAUACCACAUUAUCAUUUAAUUGAAGCAACUGAAGCAGCUAAGCCUGUUCUUGGGAAGUACUACCGGGAACCAAAGAAAUCUGGCCCUCUACCAUUUCACUUGAUUGAAAAUCUAAUAAAAAGCAUGAAAGAAGACCACUUUGUUAGCGAUUUAGGGGAUGUUUUAUACUACCAGACCGAUCCUGACCUGUUUGGAUCUUCAGGGAAGAAGUCAGAGUAGAACUGUGAAAGCUUUUGCUGAAACAGGGGAAGGGUUUAAUUCUCUUUAGAAUAAUUAUUCAAUUUCAAGCUAAUCACAAUGUUAAGUGGAGUUGAUGUGUCUCGCAAUGACAGUGGGCGCCUAUUGAAGCUUAAAGCAUAGGUAUUUUCACUUCUUCAGUAUAUAUGAUUGAUUGGUU